UCGUUCGGCUCGGCUGGCACAACAGGAUCAACUUCAUCAACAUCAGCAGCACCAGGAGGAGAUGGAUGUGAGAAGGGAAGCUUUUGUUGGGGUAUGUUUGCAUGUCAUGAUAUCGAUGGAAGUACAGGUACAUGUAGUACACCACCGACGGCUUGCAUUGCUGUUCAUGAUCCGGUCUGUGGUUGUGAUGGUGUUACAUACUCCUCUCCUUGUCGAGCUAUGGCCUCAAUGGUCUCGGUGAGACAUCGUGGUCCUUGUACUCUGAGUAGCCAUGGUGACGAUGAUCAUCGUUCGGUCUUGGCUAUCCUGGGCAUCAUCAUCGCUUUGGCUAUUGGCGCUAUUGUCGCCAUUUGGGUCGUCGUUGGUCUCGCUCGGGCAAACAACGCCAUUCCGUCGUGGGUCCCGGACUGGAUCGCAAGGCGCUCGCGGCCGUCGCUCCUCUCCUCUUACCUCCGUCUCUCGUCCUUUGAAGCAGAUGCCGAUGCUGCUCGCUCUGCCGAGUUUGGUGGCGACGACAUUGAGCUCGAUCUUACCAACCUGGAAGACGUUGACCUUGUCGACGGCGACGAGCUCGAGCUCGAGCUCGAGCUCGGUGACGGCGACGACGACGAGUCGCGCCUGCGCCUGCCGUAGACCAUGCGAGCCGAUGCUCUGUAUCUACAGC